AUGUCCACACUCACACGCUCUUGCAGCACGCGCGGAUCGUCCCGAAGUAAAGCCACAUCGCCGACAUCGCCCAAAGACAAUAGCAACCACAACCACAGCCGCAACCACAGCCGCAACCCACAUCCCACAUCCACCAAAGCGCGCAGAAUCGAGCAUCUACCACCCGAACUAUUCGCGAUGAUCCUCAAGCACGCCUCUGGCAUUGCACAAAUCGACACUCACCGGGACUACCUCCAGCACCAAGCGCAGCACCCAUCACUUCCCACAAUGAUCCAACUCAUACGGCACCAUCGCAAACUCCAAAUCACGCAAGUUAACCAACACUGGCGCCGCACAAUACUGGCAGAGUUCCAUCAAUACGCCAUAUACGAUGGCGCUUCAGACCAGAUACUCGCGGUUCCAGAGCACCUUGCGCUCGUGCGCUGCAUGCUUUGUGGCUCGCGGCUUGUUUUGGCUUCCACUGGGGUGCGUCGCGGCGUAAGGUGCUUGGGAUUGUGUAUGGGCGUGGGAUCGCCUAUUUCGAUGUCUGAGUAUGGCGCACUGGCGGAGGCCUUUCCUAGAUUGGUUCGUGUGUUUGUUGAGCUCGGUGGGCUGGGUACGAAGCUGCGCAGUGUAUUGCCGGUACUUGUUGGGGAAUCCUCUGGUGCCGCUGUAUCGGCAAUUAGCCUGGGUGCAGGUGCCGGGCUGGGUGCCGUGGGAAUGGCAAGGCUGGUGAGGCACUCGGCGCCGGCGCUGCAGUAUCUUGCGCUGGGGCGCGCAGAGAUCGCUGAUCUGUGCCGCUUGUUCUGGCCAUUGCAGAAAACAAUCACUGGUGGGUCUUUGUUUCCGCGCUUGAAACGCCUGUACUUUUUGCUUUGUCCUGGGCCAACUGCACGGCCAAUAGAGUAUUUGGCCGAUGCUCUAGCCCCGUUCCCUAUGCUCGAGGAGCUAUGCUACGGGGUUGAUUUCGAGCAUUCACCUGUGGGCGUCGAAAGCCAGGGCCAGGGUGAGCUAACCGCGGAGAAUCGCCAGGUGUUUUCCGAGCAGAUACUGCAGUCCUCCAUGCCGCACCUCAGAAUCCUCAAGACCGACGCCCCGCCAAGCAUGGAUUACCUAAUGUUGCGCGGCCACACGCUGUCUGCUCUGGACUACCUCUCUCUGGUAAAUUACAAUGAACAACCGACAAACAUUGCACUCUCACACAUGCUCAACGCUACAGCACGCUCUGCCCACUCUCUAAAGUACCUCGGAUGUUGGGCGAUUAACAUUCCGUCACCACACUACACAGCGCUUAACCUCUCCUUCCCACCACACCCAACCUUGCAAGUUUUGGAUUUGAAAACCUGGAAUAUCAGUCUCUUAGACCUCAACAGUUUGCUCAGCCACCUGCCGAAUCUCCAGGAAAUUAAAAUCACAUUGACCCGCCCUCAGGAUCAUAUAGCCUGUGACCGGAUUGCUUUAAACUUGGAGCUGAGAAGAGUGUGGAUUGGUGCUGUGGAGAUCCCUGGUGGAGGUGGUUACGAGAAUGCUUAA